AUCGCUCGCAGAACGAUGGCCUCCAUCCCCGACUUCAACAAGGCGCUGUACGCCCCUCUCGCCGAGGUGGACCCCGAGGUGCAGAACAUCAUCGACAAGGAGACAUGGAGGCAGUUCUCUGGGCUCGAACUCAUCGCUUCGGAGAACCUGACCAGCCGGGCGACGAUGGAGGCCAACGGCUCCAUUCUCACAAACAAGUACUCGGAGGGCCUUCCUUCUGCGCGGUAUUACGGCGGAAACGAGUGGAUUGACGAGUUGGAGGUCCUCUGCCAGCAGCGUGCGCUCCAGGCGUUCCACCUUGACUCCGCCAAGUGGGGCGUCAAUGUGCAGCCGUACUCGGGCAGUACUGCAAACUUUGCCGCUCUAACGGCGCUCCUCCAGCCCCAGGAUCGACUGAUGGGUCUCGGGCUGCCCGACGGCGGUCACCUGACGCACGGCUACUAUACCGCCAAGAAGAAGAUGACUGCUUCGUCGAUCUACUUCCAGUCGCUUCCGUAUGGGCUUGACGCGGCGACGCAGCUGAUCGACUACAAGAACCUUGCCUCGCAGGCGAAGAUCUUCAAGCCGCAGCUGCUCAUCUGUGGUGCGUCGGCGUACCCGCGCGAUUGGGACUACGCGGCGCUGCGUGCCAUUGCGGACGAACAUGGCGCGUUCCUCAUGGCGGACAUCGCACACACGAGCGGUCUGGUUGCCGCUGGUGAGCUCGCGGACCCAUUCGAGUACUGUGACGUUGUCACCACUACGACGCACAAGACACUUCGCGGUCCCCGUGCCGGUCUGAUCUUCUUCAGGAAGGACAGCGAGAAGGCGAAGGGCCUUGAGAAGCGCGUGAACGAUGCGGUGUUCCCUGCUUGCCAGGGUGGUCCACACAACAACACAAUUGCUGGUAUCGCAACUGCGCUCCUGCAAGCUUGCCAGCCGACGUGGAAGGCGUAUGCUAAGCAGGUCAUUGCAAACGCUAAGGCACUCGGCGAGGAGCUCGUUGCGCAGGGCUACAAGCUCCAGACCCAGGGCACAGACAACCACCUUGUCCUAUGGGACCUGCGCCCGCUCGGCCUGACGGGUAGCAAGCUUGAGAAGCUGUGCGACCUGGUCGGCAUCACCAUCAACAAAAACGCCGUCUCUGGUGACGCGUCUGCGCAGGUUCCGGGAGGUAUUCGUCUCGGAACGUCUGCGCUCACGUCGCGUAACAUGCUCGAGGCGGACGUCCGCGUCGUCGCAGACUUCCUGCAUCGCGCGGUGCAACUCGCGCUGGUGCUGCAGAAGGAGGCCGGCAGCAAGCUGCUCAAGGACUUCGUGCGCGUGGCGUCAGUCGAGGAAGAAGGCAAGGAGGGUGCGCGCAAGGUCCGCGAGCUCCGACGUGAGGUCCGCGCGUUUGCGCGACGCUGGCCGGUGCCUGGUGUGGACGUCUCGGCGCUUAAGCGCCCCGCCGGGAUCGAAGAGGAUGAUUAGGUUAUUUAGAAGGCGCUUAUACGGGACCGAGUUCAUGGAGAGGGUCGAUAUGAGGGGACAUGCUAGAUUUUGAAAAUAGGCGGACUUCAACAUGGUCCGGCCCAUCCGGGCAUUUCAACAUUGUCUGGUUGUAGAUGUAUACUAAAGACCUUCAUCAGGUGUAUUCAUAGUGGUUUCUU